AUGGCAGAAGCAAUGCUGAGGCAUGUGUUGCAGCUGCAAUGUAAUGCACAAGCGAUCACUGUAAUGCAGGAGUCGGGGUCCGGAGAUGGUGCUGUCGUAAAUAAGAAGCCUGUGCGCCUGGCGACAGCCUUCUUUCCUGUCCUCAGCCUUCUGAACCAUUCGUGCUGUCCCAAUAUCAGCGUGUCAUUUAGCGGGACAGCUGCCACUGUCAGGGCAUCACAGCCAAUCCCAAGCGGCCAAGAGAUUUUCCAUUGCUAUGGGCCUCACCAGUGCAGAAUGAGGGUUGCUGAGAGACAACAGCUUCUCGGUCAGUAUUUCUUUGAGUGUCGCUGUCAGGCAUGCCUUGAUGAGUUAGAGUCUGAUGUCAAGAGUGUGGUGUCCAUGAGAAACUCAUUCUGCUGUCCUAGCUGCCGGGCUCCAAUGCAGGGGGAAGACAUGCUUUGUUGUUCAAAUGAAGCUUGUGCAAUCUCAGUCAGCACGGAUAGCCUGUCACGUCGUUUACGGGACCUUCAGCAACAAAUCCAGAAAGCAUUAGAACUGCUAAGAGACAGGAAGGCUGAUCAGGCUAUCAAAGUGCUCCUGAAGUGUCAGAUGGAUGCUCAGAAUUUCUUGUCUCCAGAGCAUUUGCUGAUGGGAGAGAUGGAGGAUCAUCUGGCACAGGUCUAUGCUACUCUUGGAAAGUGGCAGGAAGCAGCCAGACACCUGCAGAGGAGUAUUGAGAUUGUGGAAAUGCAUCACGGGCCAUCAAGUGUAGAAAUAGGUCAUGAACUUUUCAAGCUGGCACAAAUUCUCUUCAAUGGAUUUGCAGUUUCUGAAGCUCUGAGCACGAUUCAAAGAGCAGAGGAGAUUUUGUCAGUGCACUGUGGUCCUCAGAGUACUCAGAUCCAGGAACUACAGGAGAUGAAGACCUGUCUGUUAGAGCUUCCCAGAAGCAUCCUUCAGAGGACUUAAUUUCCCUGUCAAAGGAAGCUGCAAUGCGAUCUUUCAUCAAAGCUAAGUUUCAUGUGGUAAGGUAGUCAUGUAGUACAAGCUGGAAAAUCAUAUGUAACAACAACGUGAAUGAAAUCUGAAAUGCUCUUUAGUGAGACUGUUGUAAAUAAAAUGACCAAUUCUAACAUGA